CCUUCCUAGUGUAAUUUCACUCCAAUUCACCCUAAUUCACCUCAAAUUCACCUUCAGGCUCGCCUCGCCCUCCCCUCGCCCCUCGUUAGUUGCUCUCCAGUAGUCCUGCUUGUAUCUCUACUUAUUCUAUCCUCCUCUACCACACUCUUACCUCCUCUCCCCCUCCUUAUCUGAGCUUGUGCCUUACCUAAACUAAGUACUACUACUUACCUCAUUGACCCAAGUCAGCAUCAUCCUCCACUCUCUCUACUGUACUCUACCAACCCUCUUCCCACUCUACUACUACCUCCUCUUACCUCCUCCACUUCACAUCUACAGCCUCAAAGUUCUGCAUUGAUUGCAGACUACGAUUCAACUUCUCAUCUAACGAUCAACGACCCUGAAGAUAUACGAUUCCAUUAACGUUGUCACGGUCUGAUUUGCGCCUUCUUCGACAGCCUUCGUCUUCGUCUUCGUCUUCGUACCUGCCAGUCGCUAAUAACAAGUACAACGAAUCCCACCAACACCCUCGUCCGUCCUGCCCCUCAAAAUUCUAGACGCUUAUCCUCAUCUAACCCCGACAAGAUCACAACUUUCCCACGAAAACACGACCUUCUCAUACCCGUGGCACACGACAUACCACGGUCUCCUCACCACCUACCUUCCGGGGAGCGAUAGAUUCAUAGGAAAAAGGGACUUCCAUUCCCAAGAGAUCUGCAACCAUGGAUGAUAAUACCGAGGCCGUCGCCGGAGCCCUGCCUGGCGCGAACAGAGCCCAGAUUGACAAUGCCAUCCGCGCACUGAGCGAAAAGAAGCCCAUCCCCGAAAUCGACUUCACACUGCACACCAUGGAGGAUGGGAGCCAGGUCAGCACCCUGGAGCGAGUCUGCAAAGACGUCCAAGCACCAGCGAUGCGCCCGCCAACCGACGAGCAAUUCUUCUCCAAGGAGGACCCCGCGAAGCCCGAUCUGGCUUUCCUGAAGCAGCACUUCUACAGAGAGGGACGCCUUACGGAGGAGCAGGCCCUGUAUAUUAUCAAUGAGGGAACCAAGGUCCUCUCGCAGGAGCCCAAUCUCCUCGAGAUGGAUGCGCCCAUUACCGUCUGCGGUGAUGUCCACGGUCAAUAUUACGACUUAAUGAAGCUGUUCGAGGUUGGCGGAGACCCAUCGGACACCAGAUACCUGUUCCUCGGUGACUACGUGGAUCGCGGCAACUUCAGUAUAGAGUGCGUGCUGUACCUCUGGUCGCUGAAGAUCUGGUACCCCAACACCUUGUGGCUCCUGCGCGGAAACCACGAGUGCAGACAUUUGACCGACUACUUCACCUUCAAGCUCGAGUGCAAGCACAAGUACUCCGAGAACCUAUACGAGGCCUGCAUGGACUCCUUCUGCGCCCUGCCCCUCGCUGCGGUCAUGAACAAGCAGUUCCUUUGCAUUCACGGUGGACUGAGCCCCGAAUUACAUACUCUCGAUGACCUGAAGAGCAUCGAUCGUUUCCGCGAGCCCCCCACCCAAGGCCUGAUGUGCGACAUCCUCUGGGCAGAUCCCCUCGAGGAGUUCGGUCAAGAGAAGACCUCUGAAUACUUCAUCCACAACCACGUCCGCGGAUGCUCCUACUUCUUCUCAUAUCCCGCCGCCUGCAACUUCCUCGAGAAGAACAACCUCCUCUCCAUCAUCCGCGCGCACGAAGCCCAAGACGCCGGCUACCGCAUGUACCGCAAGACGCGCACGACCGGUUUCCCCUCGGUGAUGACCAUCUUCUCCGCCCCCAACUACCUCGACGUCUACAACAACAAGGCCGCGGUCCUCAAGUACGAGAACAACGUCAUGAACAUCCGCCAGUUCAAUUGCACCCCUCACCCCUACUGGCUCCCCAACUUCAUGGACGUCUUCACCUGGUCCCUCCCCUUCGUCGGCGAGAAGAUCACAGACAUGCUCAUCGCCAUCCUCAGUACCUGCUCCGAAGACGAACUCAAGGAAGAAGCCUCCACCUCCCCCCCCAUCUCCUCCCCCAUCUCCGAAGGCGGCGUCCCCGGCACCACCGUUGCCGCCCCCGCCCUCCUCCCCACCGACCCCGAGAGCAUCGAAUACAAGCGCCGCGCCAUCAAGAACAAGAUCCUCGCCAUCGGCCGCCUCUCCCGCGUCUUCCAAGUCCUGCGCGAGGAAUCCGAGCGCGUCACCGAGCUCAAGACUGCGUCCGGUGGGCGUCUGCCGGCUGGCACGCUCAUGUUGGGUGCGGAGGGAAUCAAGAAUGCUAUUAAUAGCUUCGAGGACGCGAGGAAGGUGGAUAUUCAGAAUGAGCGUCUGCCGCCUAGCCAUGCGGAGGUGACGAGACAGAGUAUUGAGGGGAGGGCGGCGGCGAUUGAUAGGGCGGUGGCUGAGGCGGAUAAUGAUACGGCGUUGCAGACGUUGUCGAGGAGGUUGAGCACGGAUCGCAAGCGCAGAAGUGGAUAGAUGCGUGGCGAGGACGUAGGAGCGUCUUAUCUCCCAUCCCUCAUCUCAUCUCGGUAGCAUGAGGGAUGGCGACUGUAGGAUUCUUUUUGCAGGAGGUAGUUUGAGUUAGUGAUUGGGGUUGAGAGAAGUGAGAGAGGGAGAGGGGAUGUGUAUGCGGGGAGGGACAUGCGAAUGCAUAUGCAAGCGAUACCACACACAUAUGUAGACGGGGAAAUGUGCAGUAUACAGAGCAGAGACUACGAAACUAUUAUGCAAGUGCAGCGGGAUGAACACGGCGAGAUGGGGAAUUGUGUGAGUGGAAUGGCUUUGAGGGGGAGGAUGUGAUAUGGGUGGUUGCUGAAUAGGGGUGGAGGGGGUGUUUAAUGCUAUAGUGGGCUGAAUAGGG